GCGGCGCUCUGACGUGUAUUAGAGGUUUGGAAAGAUGACGUGUCGCUGAGGAGCCUCUUCUGCUUCUCUCUCCUCAGGCUGAGCCACACAGGAGCUGCUCAGCGGCUGCACGGCACCGAAAUCCGCCUGGAGCACCGACACACAGCAACAUGGCUAUUAAAUUUUUGGAGGUGAUAAAACCAUUUUGUGCAGUAUUACCCGAGAUCCAGAAACCUGAGAGACGGAUUCAGUUCAGAGAGAAGGUGCUAUGGACAGCCAUCACCCUGUUCAUCUUCCUGGUGUGCUGCCAGAUUCCCUUAUUCGGUAUCAUGUCAUCAGACUCUGCAGAUCCCUUUUACUGGAUGAGAGUCAUUCUCGCUUCCAACAGAGGUACUUUGAUGGAGUUGGGUAUCUCUCCCAUCGUCACCUCUGGGCUCAUCAUGCAGCUGCUGGCUGGAGCUAAAAUCAUCGAGGUUGGAGACACACCAAAAGACAGAGCACUGUUUAACGGUGCCCAGAAAUUGUUUGGAAUGAUCAUCACCAUUGGCCAGGCUAUUGUGUAUGUGAUGACUGGCAUGUAUGGAGACCCGUCAGAGAUGGGUGCUGGGAUCUGUCUGCUCAUCAUCAUUCAGCUGUUUGUGGCAGGGUUGAUUGUGCUGCUGCUGGACGAGUUGCUGCAGAAGGGCUAUGGUUUGGGUUCAGGUAUCUCUCUCUUCAUUGCCACCAACAUCUGUGAAACAAUCGUAUGGAAAGCCUUCAGUCCAACUACAGUCAACACAGGCAGAGGUACUGAGUUUGAGGGUGCUAUUAUUGCUCUGUUCCACUUGCUGGCCACUCGUACUGACAAAGUGCGAGCUCUGAGAGAGGCCUUCUACAGGCAGAACCUGCCCAACCUCAUGAACCUCAUCGCUACUGUCUUUGUCUUUGCCGUGGUUAUAUAUUUCCAGGGCUUCAGAGUCGAUCUGCCCAUCAAGUCUGCACGUUACCGUGGACAAUACAACACGUAUCCCAUCAAGCUUUUCUACACCUCUAACAUUCCCAUCAUCCUGCAGUCUGCACUGGUGUCCAACCUGUACGUCAUCUCUCAGAUGCUCUCCACUCGCUUCAGUGGCAACUUCCUGGUCAACUUGCUGGGCACCUGGUCUGACACCUCGACUGGAGGGCCAGCUCGUGCUUACCCUGUAGGCGGUCUGUGUUAUUACCUCUCCCCUCCUGAGUCCUUUGGCUCAGUCUUAGAUGAUCCAGUCCAUGCUGUCAUCUAUAUCGUCUUCAUGCUGGGCUCCUGUGCUUUCUUCUCAAAGACAUGGAUUGAGGUGUCUGGAUCUUCUGCCAAAGAUGUUGCAAAACAGCUUAAAGAACAGCAGAUGGUGAUGAGGGGACACAGAGACACAUCCAUGGUGCAUGAACUCAACAGGUACAUCCCCACAGCUGCAGCUUUUGGAGGACUAUGCAUAGGUGGCCUCUCUGUCAUGGCUGAUUUCCUGGGUGCCAUUGGCUCAGGAACAGGAAUCUUGCUGGCCGUCACCAUCAUCUACCAAUACUUUGAGAUCUUUGUAAAGGAACAAAGUGAAGUCGGCAGUAUGGGUGCUCUGCUCUUCUAAACAACAACAAAAAAGCCCUCCACAGGCACCUUGGACUGACAGAUUUCCGUUUGUUAUUCAGUUCUUUUUAUAUAAUUAUUGUUUUAUCAUAUGGACACAAUCAGUGCUCUGCCACUCUAAGGCAUUUGUGCUUCUUUUUCCAAAAGCCCUCUCAGAAUUCAUCCUGGGAAUGUCUGUGUCCCUGUCUUUCUUGUGGGACAGCCAUUUCUCUCCAUCUAGUCAGCCAAUACACCACCUGCUGCAUUUUUAAUCAAGUUACUAAUGGUUAAAAGCACAGAUGGUAAAUGUUGUGAAAAUGGCCAAACCCAGUGACUCAGACAUGUGCAGCAUAUGUUGGUUUCUCCAACCCAAGAUUUAAACCAGUGCCAGUGUAUGUGUGAUCAGAUAACUGCAGUGUCAUGUCAUGGAGACUGUUAAUUGAUCUGAUGUAAAUAAAAACUUUUUUGACAAAA